AAGCACCUGCUAAAAGAAAGAUGGCUGACAUGUAAACAAUUUUGGCUGGCAAGGCAACAGGAAAUGGAGAAAUGGGUGAUUUGUAGAAUUUUCAGUUGAUUUAUUAUACUUCUGGUUUGACGACGACUAACUUAUGCUCUGAGAAUAAGAAAGAUGGGAAGUACAGCAUCCAAAGAUACAACCAGUCCCCAACAGAAGUUCCUGAUUGGCAAUUUGUCCAGGAAGUCAGAUGUUGACCUGAAAUUUUACCAAUUGAGUUACCACUGUCUUCAGAAUUCCCCAAGUAUGAUAGACAACAGAAACAGAGAUAGAAAAAGGAAGGGGUUAGAGAAAAAUAGAAAACAGAUUCAGAAAAGUCAAGGCAAACAUGUAGAGAAUGAAAUCAAUCACCUGGAACAUUGUGAUUCAUUAGAGAGUAGACUUAAGGCUAGAAAAGAUGUUGAUGAAAAAUUAAGUCAAAAUAUAAGUCAUGAGUGUGUUGGUGAUGACGCUCUUAUUACCUUUCCUGAUUUGUUUGUUCCCAUCCUUGGUACAAAAAAGCUGAUGUGUACACAGACAUAUGUAGCUUGGCGUUCAAUUAUGGACCUAGAAAAACUCAAGUCACUUUUUGUCAAGAAAAGAACUAUAUAUCUUGUGCAGGUAGAUAGCUUUCCAGACUUCCUAAGUAAUUUCCGUAUCCUGUUUGAUUCCGAGGAAAUGACAUUAUUCGAGCUAGCACAAACAUUUCUUCAAGUGUUUUUCACAGGAAUGAGGGUAAAAUGGAUUGAGGAAGUAUCCAUAGCACAGAAAAAAUGGAACAUAAAUUCAAGGCAUCAUGAAAAGACAGGAAAAUUUCAGUAUUUAGUCACAGAUUUUUUUCCUCUACUUCCAAAAGUUUGUCCAAAAGAUGGCUAUUGCAUAAUGGGGUUGACAUGGGCAGACCUGUACCCAAAAGAAGAACUGAAUUUUGUGCUUGGAGAAGCCCACAAUCCGUUCAAGUCUGGGAUGGUCAGUUUUGGACGAUUUGAACCUAAGUCUUACAACGAGGAAACCCAUAAGGAUGUUACAUCAGUCACCACCGAAGUUGUUUGGAAAUUGUUAAAGUGCCUUAGCCAUGAGCUUUGUCACCUGUUUGGAAUGGCCCAUUGUGACUUUUUUAGUUGUACCAUGAAUGGAAGUGGUUCUGUGGGAGAAGCCAUGGAUCAGCCAUUGUUUCUGUGUCCGGUGUGUACCAGAAAACUCCAACACAUUUGUAAAUUUGACAUUCUGGAAAGAUAUGAAAAAAUUGGAACAAUUCCUUGUGGAGAUUAACAGAAAAUUUCCAUCUGAACGUUGGGAUAAAUCUCUGCUUUGGAUACAAAACUGCUUGAAAUAUUUAAAAACAACUGCAACAUAUCUUUGAUUUUUAUUAAGUGCUCCAGUAGGGAUACAUCCAUCAAAAUUUAAAAAAAAACACUGCUUUAUUACAGAUUAUCACUAAUCGUAUGUGUUAUCCAGGCUUGUUAAAUACAACCACUUACAGCAUCCUGGAUAAUUCACCUUGUCAGCUACUUAAGAGUUUUAUGAGAUUUUACCUGUAAGGUAUUUUGGUACACAGAAUGAUAGGAAAUAUAUUUUGUUUCAAUGUGAGGUGACAAAAAGAAAAAGCCCAUUUUGUUUUAUUACCAUAUUUGAAGUUAAACCUGUUUUAUCCAUAGGGUAUUAAAAUUGCACUUAUAAUUAUACAGGAUGUACAAAUGAUCUAGAACACUGAUUGGUAAGCAAACUUGUAGUCAGUUUAAUCACAGGUAUCUGCAUCUGGAACAUAAGAUAUAAAAUAGUCUUCCCUUCCCUACUAUAUUGACAAGAUAAUUACACUCCGAAAACUGCAAAACAACCCCAUACUUCUGUUCCAGACUUGAGACGUCUGGAGCUACAUGAAUGAUUAUAUGGUGAAAAUUGCUGCUGAAUCAGUGAUGACCUUUAAAUCUAAGUGUUCAUUAAUAUUAUUUUCUUGUUUCCUAAGACUGUGUAGAGAUGAUUUAUGAUUAUAUACACAGUAUAAACUAUUGUUAUUUUUUAUAUAUGAAAUAAAUUGAGGUGCUGAUUGAUACCUAAUGCAUUAAUCUCAUUUACCAGGACAGUAUUCUCAUAAUGAUGGUCUAUUCAGUUAAUUAGCCAUGUUCAAAGAUAGAAUUUACAGUCUGCUACAAAAAUAAUCCGAAAUUAUUUUUGGAAAUUAAUCUCAUUGGGUACAAUCGUACUGGUGUCUUAAAAAUUGUGCCCCUUUUAUUACUAUGAUGUCACCAAUAGAUAGACAAUCUAUGACAUCACACAAUGCUGUACUGUUGCCAUGCACCUGAAGAACUAAUACUGUGAUAACGUUACUGCAAAAUGAAACGUCUUAUUUUG